GAAAAAGCUCAGUCCCGCUCUCCCAACCCUAGUCACGGUGCAGCAGAGCAACAGGUGCGCAGAGGUCCACCGAGAGAUCUUUUAAACAGAGGCCGACUGUGUUCUGGGUCAUUUUACUUUCAGCACCCGGCGGGACGCGCGCGUUAUUCCUAUCAAGGAGUGAACUUUGUCAACUGCAACCGGAAAGCAGAAGGAUUUUUGAUAUAUCGCAGUAGAAGGACGCCGGCUCUUUGUUGAUUAGAAACAGCAGCAGAAGUAGAAAAUGGCCAACUCCGGUCUUCAGAUGCUGGGAUUCGCACUGGCUCUUUUGGGAGCGAUCGCGUUGAUAGUCGGGACCAUUCUUCCUCAGUGGAAGAUGUCCGCUUUUAUUGGGUCCAACAUCAUCACCGCGGUGUCCAUGUAUGAGGGGCUGUGGAUGACUUGUGCCUUCCAGAGCACCGGACAAAUGCAGUGCAAAGUGUACGACUCCAUCCUUCAACUCAACUCUGCCCUUCAGGCCACCCGCGCCCUCAUGGUUGUGAGCAUCAUCGUUUCUCUGGCUGGUAUGGGUGUAGCCAGCAUGGGAAUGAAGUGCACCACCUGUGGAGGAGAUGACAAGACGCGCAAGGCCCGCAUUGCAUUGACUGGUGGCAUCAUCAUAUUAGUUGGAGCUCUUGCUUCACUCAUUGCUUGCGGUUGGUAUACCAAUGACAUCGUCCGAGCUUUUUAUGACCCUUUCACCCCCGUAAAUACAAAGUACGAAUUUGGCGCUGCCAUUUUCAUCGCCUGGGCUGGAGCAUUCCUGACUCUUGUGGGAGGAUGCAUGUUGUCACAUUCCUGCCCAAGGAAUAAAUCUACACCUCGAGCCAAGUAUCCAGUGUCCACCAAACCCCCAAGCACCAAAACGGAUUAUGUUUGAACAGGACAGGAGUCUGUUGCAAUUUAAAGGAACAUUUUUAAUAAUCCACUUGGUUAAAUCCAGAUAUUAAAAAAAGUGUAUCCAUUGAAGACGAUGUUUCCUUUUUUAAAAUGAUCUUUUAGUUUCUAUUGAUGUUACUGUAAAAGGUUAAAAAACAUGUUCCAUUUUUAAACUGUGGCUUACUACAGAGCUAAUUGUUCCUGCCAUGUCUGGAAGGGCUUGUCCAGUGAAAUUGGCACAAGGCUGAAAACUGUAAAGCACUAAAUUAAUUUAUGUGAAGCCUGCUUUUUGUGUAGAAGGUGCUCUUCACAUGCUGCAUGUUACAGUGCAUCAAUAAUGAAACGGCCUACGGAACACAUGUUUUUAGCUGUACUGGCAUUUGUAGCUUUGUUUUAUGGAAAUUCAACAGACCCACUGCAGUUUUUCAAUUUAGUCAAAUUUAACACACCUGUUUGCCAAUGUUUUUGCUGACUCAUGAGAUUGUGAAGAUUAUGAUCUUGAGUCUGACAUUUUUUAUGUGUGAAUUGGCUUAGCUUGUGUUAGUGUUUUUAUGUUUUUUUUUCUAUACGUUUUAAAUUGUGAUGUAUGUUGUACAUAAAAUAAAAUUUACAAAACUGGGUUUUGAAA